UAGCUCCCCGAAUAACUUACUAUUAUUUAUUCUGAAAUAGGUGGAAUAAUUAAUCUUUUUAAGCUUGCAAAAGAUGGUAUUAUUGAUUUCUCGCACAGGAAGGCAUUUACAGAGAUACAACAAAGAUCAUCAUCGACUUGUUGUUGGAUGCAUUCCUUAUAGAUACAAGAAUCACGGAAAGAACAUAUCAAACGUUGACGAGUUGGAAGUUCUUGUCAUAAGUUCGAAAAACAGUCGGGCAAUGAUGUUUCCUAAGGGAGGUUGGGAGCUUGACGAAUCAGCUGAAGGAGGUGCUUCUCGAGAGUCCCUCGAAGAAGCCGGUGUUGUUGGCAAUGUCGAGAGUGAAUUAGGAAGAUGGGUAUUCAAGAGCAAGAGCCAAGAACUAUACCAUGAAGGCCUCAUGUUUCCUUUGCUUGUCACACAACAACUCGACUUCUGGCCCGAAAAAUCCCAACGUACAAGAGAAUGGAUGACAGUGGCUAAAGCAAGAGAGCAUUGCCAGCAGUGGUGGAUGAGAGAAGCCUUAGACAUAUUAGUUGAUAGAGUGACAUCAUCAGGGCUUCUUCACCAGAAGCAAGAAUAAUAAUAUAAACCAUGUAUGUAGAAAUAAAUGUACCAUAAACUCAAUUUUAUUUCUUCAUAGCUACUACAAUAGAAGUUAUCAUAUACAUUAUAUAAAAUAAGCUGUGCAAUAUGUUUCGGCAGAUUAAUAAGAAUCGAUAUGAUAAAGA